UUUUGAUACAAUCGUGGCAACGGCCGCCCAGUCGCACGUAGUUCGCAGCUCCAUCAUAGUCACAACCUCGCACCGUUCGAUGUGAGAAAAACACAUAGCAACUUUCGUGCUUUUUGGAAUUUCCGAUCCUUGUCUCCAACUUACAAAGUGCAACGAGAUUACAUGCCAACCACAACCCAUUUGGCUUGCUGUUUCUCCCUUCUUUAGCAGGCAAAAGCAAACAUGUGCCGCUUGGAGGACAACAAUCCGGGCAAUCCACAGCUAUCGUAUUUACCCGUAUUGGACAGCAGCUCUUCCUCGAUGAAAACCAGCUUUUCACUCUCCAAACGCUUCAUGCGGCGGCCGAGUCGCUCUCCGUCUCCGGUCAAAUAUCGAAGAAUACAUCGCGAUGUGAUCUUGAUGAUUGCGGUACUGCUAUUAAUCUCAGUACGAUCUCUGUUUUGUUUUUUGUCUUUCAAGUCAGAGAAAGUCUCUAUCUUAGUCACAAGAACCGUAGAUUCAGAGUCCAGUACAGUGCUGCGGUCGAAUGGAAUGUGUGAAUCACACGAAGCGAAGUUUUCACAAACGCCCAACCCUGUGUAUACGGAAUUAACCCAAUUUUUGAGUGGACCUGUCGAGCCUUCGACGUCCGAAGCCAUAUGUGUCUUUACUGAUGAUAAAAUAUCCGCGCAUUUCCCCCAUGCUAUGCAACAACUCUACGCUUGCUGGUCUUAUUGGCAGCAUUACAAGGAUAAACGUCCCGUCUUGAAUGUGCGCCUUGACACUAACGAAUCUUUGCUGCAACGUGUGCAGCAUUUUGUUUACCGCCGACGCAGCAGGGACAAACCUUUUCUUUCUACUUUUUGGAGACUACUGGAAGACGUUUUCCAGGUAGAAAUUCGGCACAACUCCCCAGAGACAGUCGAAGGAGUUAGCGCCAGCGUUCCCGAUCGCUGGAGCAACGUCGCUGCGAGCGAGCGUAUGUCGGAUGGUUACGCGAUGCUUUCUGGCGCAGGCCAUGCUGCAGCCUUACGUGAUGGCCUUUUGGAGACCACAUCGUGUCCGUCGCAAGUCCGUAUCGGCUUGCUAAACCGCAAACAAAACCGGUCACUGCUGAACAUUGUUGAGCUUCAGGAUGCUAUCCAGCUCCGUUUUCCUGGAAGCUCAAUUGCUUUGGAUUACUUUGAAGGCAAAACAUUUGGGGAGCAAAUCCAAUUCUUCGGAUCGGUGGAUAUUUUGGUUUCACCCCACGGAGCCCAACUAACGGGCAUUCCAUUUAUGCCAACUUGUGGCCAGGUUUUGGAAAUAUUUCCGGAAGGAUAUCUCAUCCCAACUUUUUUUGGCUCGCUCGCCGAGGCGUCUGACCUUGGCCACGCAUACAUGUAUCUCGGCGAUUCCAAUCAAUCAUUGGAAGAAGUUCAAAGCCGUAUGAUGGAAGAUCGCAAGCAGCGGAGCCGCAUGCGACAGGCCAACCUGUGCCCAGUGUCGGAUCAGGUCGCGGAUUCAGUUGAGCAACUGAUGGAACAGUGGCAAAACUGCUGCCAUCAAUACGGCAUGGCACACAAAGGAAAUCUUGCAAUAUACCGCUAAAGAAAACUGUGAUAAAGUUCUGUCCACAAGAGUUAAAGGGGGUCCACUGGUCUUCCGUGGUGUACAAACAAAUUUAUAAUGUGUACUAUAAGAAAACUUCGUCAACUUCCGUG